GAUAAAACUGAGUCCAGCAAUCAUGACCAGCGAUAAUAUCCAGAUCGCAGCCCUCGGACGACCGUUACACCCAGGAAUGCUGUAUGACUGUCGCAAUGACAGUUUCAUUCCAGGUGUUACAUUGUGGGACCCUGAAGAUAUUGAAAAGAACAUGACCGUUCAUGAACAGAACCAAGCAAAAUCUGAAAUCACUACCUCUGACUCUCUUAGUAAGAAGUCCAGUCUGCUGGACAUAAGUGCCUCCCUGAAGGUGAGCUUCUUGGGGGGCCUCGUUGAGGUAGGAGGGUCAGCAAAGUAUCUCAAAGACACACUGACCUUGGAAAGUCAGUGUAGAGUGACUAUGCAUUUCAGCCAGAAGACUGUGUUUAAGCAGCUCAACAUGAAGAAUAUUGGCAAAAUAACUUGUGCAGAUGUGAUUAAACAUGGAACAGCCACUCAUGUUGUCACAGGUGUGCUGUACGGAGCUGAUGCCUUCAUGGUCUUUGAUCAGACUGCUUCCAGGAAUGAAGACAAGCAGGAAAUUCAGGGUACAUUGGAAGUCAUGGUCAAGAAAAUUCCAACCAUUUCUAAUUUUGGCAGCGGAAAACUAAAUAUGACAGAUGAGGAACAGAAAAAGGUGGAGAAACUCCACUGCACCUUCUAUGGUGAUGUCAAACUGGAAGAAAAUCCAACUACCUACAUGGAAGCAGUGAAAAUUUAUAAAGACCUGCCAAGGCUUCUAGGAGAGAGAGGAGAGAAGGCUGUCCCAAUGACAGUGUGGCUUUACCCUCUGAAGUACCUGGACAAGAGAGCAGCCAAGUUAGUGAGGGAGAUCAGAGAGAACCUGAUUAUAGAGGUAGAAUCCACCAUGGAAGACCUUCAGAGAGCUACCAUCACAGUCAAUGAGCUACUGCAAGUCAGUGAGACCAUUCAGGCUACUGAUAUACAGGACAAACUGAAAACAUUUCAGGACAUGCUCAGGCAAUACAAGAUAAAUGUCCAGAAAAGGAUGUCUGCACUCAUUCCAACUAUUCGUAAUGGAGAGACAGAUGAAGACACAUUUGUCAAAAUUCUUAAAUCCCACUCCAGCUCACCUUUCACAACAGAAAUGAUGAAGCAAUGGCUGGAUGAGAAGAGGACUGAACUUGACGUGAUCAGAACUUACACCGAUGACUUUGAGAAUCAGAAAAACAUCCCAAUAGUGUCAUCCACACAGCACAAUGGAUGCAUUUUCAACCCGCAGUAUGAGUCAGUCAUCACAUUUGUCUUCACCUCCCUGAAGUAUGAAGAGCCAUACAUUUUGGAUCUCAACAAAUUUCUCCAUUCCGAGGAGCUCAUGAAACAAAUGAACGCUGGAGUUUCCAUUGUGAAAGCUGUUCAGGAUGACAAGUUAACACCAUGGUUUCUCACACCUGAUAUAUCACAGAGCAUGAGAGAGACCUUUUACCUGUUCAAAGAAUUUUCAGAUAUCAACAAAGAAGAAAAGAAAAGCAAAUUUGUCAUCGCCUACAUCUCUGACCUCAUUCAUCCUGGGGCCUCCAUUUAUCUCCAUCAAAGAGGGAAGCUGGUGGAUACCCAGUACAAACCCAUGAUAAAACCAGCUACAGCUGAAGUACUUGACACUGGGGAAUGUAAUAUAUUCUUGAAGCUGCAGUCAUCUCCAGCCUCAAAGCCUAUGCAUUUCAAAGUGGAGUGCAUGAAGGAAAACGGAGGGCAAAUCUGGAAUGAUAUAACCCCACUGGGGAGACAGAUGUCAUGCAUCAUCCCAUGGGUGCAGCCAGACACUGUGUUCCUUCUAAGGUUCUCACCAGUCUCCGAGUCACCAAGCACAGUGACACCCUGACGAUUCCCAUGAAAGAUUUGACAGAGAUUUGAAUGUUGAGGUUUUGCGCAAAUGUUUCGCCCCAAAUUCACUUCAAAUCAUUCAAGAUUGCGUGACCUAUUAUGCGUAACCAAUUAUGCGUAACCUAUUAUGAUUUUAGAAGCUUGUCCAUUACGUGUAACAUCUCAACUAUCAUUAUUUUUCCUUUCAUGUUUUGGUUUAAAUUUAUUUAUAAUAUUCUGAAAUGUUCCUACGGCUGGCAUGGUGGUGUAGUGGUUAGCACUGUUGCCUCACACCUGGGUUUGAGUCUCUGCCUUGAAGAGUCGUACAUUGGCGUGCGUGGAGUUUGCACGAUGUUGUUGUGGGGUUUCCUUUAGAUACCCUGGUUUUCCCUCACAAUCCAAAAACAUGCUGAGGUUAAUUGGUGUUACCACAUUGCCUCUAGGUGUGAGUGGACCCUGUGAUGGGUUGGCACCCCAUCCGGGGUUGUUCCCUGCACUGCUCUGAUAAGCAUUUUCAAAUAGCAAGGUAUAAAUUUUACUACACAAUUAUCACCUUCUAAUGGAAGACAUCCCUACUAUUUUAAUAAUGGUAAACAGCAUCUGCAUCAUUUUUCUGUAUAAAGUUACACUGUUUUUAAUUGUGGUACUCAAUGGCGUUAUGGAACCAUCCAGAACCACUCCGCUUGUGCAGUGCUUGAUCAGACACUUCAAAUUCCCAUCUGAACUAUUCGGGUUAGGGGUGGGAAUAGGGACUAAAUGAAAGGAGCUGGAUCUAAUGGCUCUGUUCCAUUCCGAGAGCCACUCAAAACAUUAUUUCUUCUUAGGGGAUGAAGGUUACUUGGUUUAUCUAUGAAAUAAUCAGUAUGAUAAUCAUGGGGUGAUAUUUAGAUCAGAUUCGGGUUUAGACACCAAUAUAAUUUCAUUUGGCAGGUGUAGGCUAGAUAUACUGACAAUCAUUUACUCAUAAGACCUAAUGCCAAUCACCUGCAUUGUAAACUCUAUAGAAAGUCAUCUCUCUGCAUUGUCUGUGAAUUUAUUAAUUUGAAUUUACCCUCUGUAUGAAAUAUGUUAUGUGAAUAAAGUAGUCUUUGCCAUGAA